CAACCUGAGGUCAAGGGACUGGAACCUCCGAUUUUUUCAGAGAACAAGAAGUCCCGUGCUAGAAUGGGUGUGAAUCACCCACAGCUGGCGGGCAUGUUGUGUCCGGUCAAGCAUGUGAACGCAUACCAUGCUGAUCCGAAGAAGGUACAGGAACAACUUCAAAAUGGUGAAAUCAGGAUGAAUGCAGGUGCCUGGCCUGCACUAGCAUACCCUGGUGAUCCUCCAGGUGUUGAUUUCGAUGCCGAAGACAUUCAGGAAGGUCUCCUCAGGGGUCACCUUCUAAAGUGUGUACUUCGGCACAUCUAUACUAGUCCGUCAUCCACCCUCAUUGACAAUGGAGAGCUGUCUGUCACGCGCUCCGGCAAUGCGAAAUUGCAUGGCAUGUAUAAGGUCGAGGCCGAACACAUUGCCUAUGCACUUGUUCAG